UUUAGCAUUGUUGAGUUCAAGGAUCACGAGACUGCUUUAAAAGCAGUUGAAAUAAUGCACAAACAUGAGCUUCGUGGGCGACCUCUUAAUGUGAAAAUAGACUCUGGUGAGAUGGACAGAAGGAGAACAUCAGUUAGAAAUUCGGAACGGGAAUUUAUGCGUAACAAUGAUGGAUUUGGAGCAAAUGAUUUCAGACCGGAUCCACCAUUUAAUACAUAUGGGCUUAAUCCUGAAUUUCUGAAAUCUCUGGGUAUCUGUGGGCCGCUUAAUAAUAAAGUUUUUAUUUCUAAUUUAGACUAUAAAGUUACUGAAAAAAAGCUUGAAGAAAUUUUUAAAAUUGCUGGGAAACUAGUGAAGGUUGAAUUAAAUGUUGACAAUGAAGGCAAAAGCAAAGGCCACGGAACAGCAGAAUAUGAACAUCCUUUGGAAGCAGUUCAAGCAAUCUCUAUGUUUAAUGGACAGAGGCUGUUUGCAAGAAUUAUCAAUGUUCGAAUGGAUAAAUUUACUGAUGAUGGCGAUGCAAUACCAGCCAAGUUACCUGUUGGUCUUCAUGGUAUUGGAAAAGGAUUGGGAAUAAAUGGACAGCCUAUGCAAUUUAACAAAAGUGCUUCUGGCAUAGCUGCCAAUGGGAAUUUUGGUUUUGGCAUGGGAAUGGGCAGUGUAGGAGGUGGAAUGUCUGGUGGUGGCAUUGGUGUUGGUUCAAGUAAUUUAGGAAUGUUACCGUCAUCUGGCAUGGGUCUCGCUCCUGCAGGAGGAUUGGGUAUGAAUAAUGCUGACAGAAUGAUGGGUGCCUCUGGUAUGAGCUUAGGCAUGACUGGCUCAAACAUGGGUGUUCCUUCUCCUAAUGUUGGCAUGGGAAUGGGAGGAUCAUCCUCCAUGAUGCCAAGUGGCAAUGUCAUGGGACGCUCUGCCAUGGAUAGCAUGGGUCGAGAUGCUCCAUAUCAGCUUGGAAGUGGAGUUUCUCGAGGCUUUCGAGAUAAUUUUGAUCGACCUAAUGAUUCCUACAACAACCCAAAUGUUUCUGAUACAGUAUUAUUGGGAAAUCUCCCCAGUUCUUUCAGUUGGCAAAAUCUUAAAGACAGAUUUCGAGAUAUUGGAGAUGUUCGAUUUGCUGAACUCAAAGGGCAGGGAAAUGCUAUAAUAAGAUUUGGUUCUGUUCAAGAUGCACAACGUGCUGUUGAUUUAAUGAAUGGCUAUAGAAUGGAAGGCCGAGCUAUACAAGUUCGUUUUUACUAAGCUUGGAGAUCAUCCACAUCAUGUCAGUCUAUGCAUUUCACAUCCCAUUGUUUAGUCUUUGUAUUAGUAAAGUGGAACUUGUGUCAAAACAACAGAACUUUUAACCCCGCCUUUGUUUUGUUUGGUAUUGCAAAAGCAAGAUUUUGCUUAUUAAAUACAAAAUUUGCUUAUUAAAUCCUAAUUUCAUUAAAGCUUGUGUUUUAUUUCUACAAUGUUCAUAAAUAAAAAAUAAAAUUUAAAAAAAAAAAAAAAAUUCUUUUCCUUGUGAAAAUUGUCCUUAUCUGUUCUGAUUCUUUCCCCUCUUAUUCCAUAUUGUUCAAACCUAUUCAAAGAAAUAAAAUUAAUUAUAUUUAAUAUGUAAAAUACAGUAUCUGCAAAUAUUAUUCCUAAUAUUACUAAAACAGUUAUUUUUGUUCGCAUUUCACUUUAGAUUACUGUAAAACUGUCUGUUUUUAGCUAUUUCAAUGACACCUUAGCAAAGAGUAAUUUAUCAAUAAAACAAAAAUAUUUGAUACAGAAAGCUUCCCCCCCCCAGUAAUAUGCUGUUGAUAUUCUUCAUGUAAUCUGGAAUUGUUUUCUGUACACUUCUACAUAUUUGAUUUUUUAUUUGGAAAAAUUGCAUAAUUGCAAAGGCAAAACAAUCCAUAAAAUUAAUGUUACAAAAGCACUACUUGCAGUGUUGAUUCUCAUCUGUUUUUAGUGAAAAAAGUUUCAUUCAUAUUAUAUAUAUACUUUUAAUGUAAUAAAUUUUUUAGUUACAACUGUUGUAUGUUUUUUUUCCUUAAUAACACUGUUAUGAUUAUUCUGCAUGCAUGUAAAAUAUGUCAUAUUGCAUUUAAUUCUUAAUAUUCCUGAAUAAAGAUUAAUAACAGA